UUCUUUUUGGCACAUUGCUUUCGCAGCUAUCAGAGAGGAGCCGGCCGUAUUGAAGAAAAACGCGAUUUCGUCAAUCUCCAGUGAAGCUAAUAAAAUCCUUUAUUAUCGGAUGUGAGUUACGUAUCCGCGGAAAAAGAAAUAUAGAUUUGUGCGUCAAGGUGGAGUUUGGUUUUCCCAAGAAAUUGUAUCCCAAUCUGGGUUUUAGUCUCGGAAGCCUGCGAAAGAAAUAUUUUUUCACGCGAGUGUGCUCUGUUGGAUCUGUCUGGAAGUGGUGAUUUUAGCAAGCGUAGAAUAAAAAAAAAAGGUGAAGCGGAUCAUCAUUCAUUGCGCUGUGCGUGUGUUAUCUGUGGAAAACUAUCGAGAAGGGCUGGUAAAUUUUAUGCGUUUUCUCACUUUCUUGGGCUCGCGGAUUCGCUGAAUUUCAUAGAACAUGCAGAUUGUGCAGGUUCUCGAAAAAACCGUAUCGCCAGAUAAAGAUGAACUGCUCGCGGCAAAAAAUUUCUUGGAGCAGGCAGCUGCUACCAAUUUGCCCGGCUUCCUGCAAACCUUGUCCGAUGUACUUGCUUGCGCUUCAUAUUCUCCCGUGGCUCGCAUGGCCGCCGGUUUGCAGCUGAAAAAUCAACUGACUAGUAAGGAAUUGAACAUCAAAAUCCGGUAUCAACAACGAUGGCUUUCAUUCCCAGAGAAUAUCCGAGAGCUCAUAAAGACGAACAUUAUCGGCUCUUUAGGGACCGAGAGCACUCGACCUUCUUCAGCGGCUCAAUGCGUGGCCUACGUUGCUAUGAGACAAGAGAGUCCAUCGUCUUGUCGAAUCGAAGACCCAAACAAUUCCCACAGGCCUGCUAAGAUCAACUCAUUGCCUCAACAUGCCGAGGGUUCUGGUUCGAUUCCCGUUGCCAGGGACGUCAAAGAAAUUUACUUCGACUUGCACUGA